GCCCGACGGCCCAGGAAGCUGCCCGUGGGACCCGCACGGCGCUCCUGCUCUUCACUGCCUCACCCAUGCUCCCCGUCUGUCCUCCCGCGCAGGUGCUCGCGACGUGGCCGAUGGGAGGAUUCCAGUCCGCCGAGCCUCUUCCAGUGCCUGGCUGACAGAUGAGCCAAGAGGGCCAAGGAGUCCCCCCGCCGGCGCCAUGCGCGGCACCGGGCGCGCCCACCCCGCUCUCUCUGUGUGCCUGUGGCGGGCCCCGUCCCUCUAGCGCCCUCCCUGGCGGGAGCGUGUCGCAGGACGGCGGGGCCCGGCCGAAGGUGAAGCCGGAGGUGGGGGCCGGGGGGCGGCCCGGCGGCCGCUGGAGGGCCAGAGCGAGCCGGUCCGCGGAGAAGCCGGCCGGCCCCUCGGCGGAGGCGCAGCCCGAGCCCAGCAAGGGCGUGGGGCGCUCCCUGCGGCAGAAGCUGCAGGCCGCGGUGGGCCAGUGCUUCCCCAUCAAGAGUGCGUCCCGCUCGCCCGACCUCUCGGCGCAGCGCAAGAUCCACCUGCGUGAGCUGAUGCUGGACACGUGCCCGUUCCCGCCGGGCUCCGAGCUGGCCCGCACCUGGGCCCUCAUCAAGCAGCACACGGCGCCCGUCUCGGACGACGAGGCCCUGGGGCCGCCGCCCGCCGAGGACGAGGACGACCGCCUGCGCGAGUGCCGGCGCAUCAGCAUCGAGCAGGGGGUGGAGCCGCCCCCGAACGCGCUGAUCCACACCUUCGAGGUGACCGCCCAGAUCAACCCCCUCUACAAGCUGGGCCCCAAGCUCACGCACGGGAUGCGGGAGCUGGCCGGGGCGGGCCGGGCCGGGCCGGCCGCCGCGGACGAGGGGGAGGACGAGGACGAGGCGGACGAGGAGGACGAGGAGGAGGCGGCCGCCGCCUCCGCCCUGCUGCCCGGCGCCAGGGACGGGCUGCGCGUCCACACGCAGAUCGACUACAUCCACUGCCUGGUGCCGGACCUGCUGCAGCUGACGCAGCUGCCCUGCUACUGGGGCGUGAUGGAUCGCUACGAGGCGGAGGCGCUGCUGGACGGCAAGCCGGAGGGGACGUUCCUGCUGCGGGACUCGGCCCAGGAGGACUACCUCUUCUCGGUGAGCUUCCGGCGCUACGGCCGCUCCCUGCACGCCCGCAUCGAGCAGUGGAACCACAACUUCAGCUUCGACGUGCACGACCCCAGCGUCUUCCACGCGCCCACCGUGACCGGCCUGCUGCAGCACUACAAGGACCCCAGCGUCUGCAUGUUCUUCGAGCCACUGCUCUCCAUCCCCGUCAACCGCACCUUUCCCUUCGGCCUGCAGCACCUCUGCCGGGCCGUGGUGACCGGCUGCACCACGUACGACGGCAUAGGGCAGCUGCCCAUGCCCGGCGCCCUGAAGCAGUACCUGAAGGAGUACCACUACAAGCAGCGUGUGCGCGUGCGGCGCCUGGAUGCCUGGUGGGCCUGACGGCCCCCCCCCCGCCCCCCGCUGCCUCUCUCCCUGCUGGGCCACCGCUGCCCUCCACAGACCUCGCCCUCCGCCCGUGCCGUUGCGGGAUUGAGACGGGGGGCUGCCGCCUGGCAGGCCGUGGAGACGGGCUCUGUGGGGCUGCAUUCGGAGCAGGGGGCGGAAGCCACCCGGGCCUCCCGGCUGCCUGGGAUGAGGCCCAGGGGAGCUGCGGCCCCCACAGGGCGAGAGGCAAGCCCCUGCUGGACAGAGCCCAAGGCCGCCUCGGGCCCCGAGGGGAGUGGGCUGGGGGCCCGAGAGCCUGGCCACGUCCCGCCGCUGCAGUGGCGAUCGCUCCCAAGGGAGCUGCUUGGUUUGCUGAGCUGAGCCGAGCCGAGCCUGCGGGAGCUCGGAAGACGAGGUCGGUGGCACGGCGGUGCCUUAUCCCUACGAGCCGGCAGGCCCACGCACACGGCCCCGGCCCCGGCCCCGCAGCGCUGGCUGGGCCGCCUGGCACAGGUGUUGGGCAUGAGGAGAAAAGCACAAGGUUUGGGAGGGCUCUUUCCAGGCCAGGCUGCCAGAUGCAACCGUCAGGCUGGGCUUAAUUCGCACCGACUCCGGCACAAUCCAUUCUGGUUUCGACCCCAUUCUCACUAGGCUGCUCCCACAGCGGUGCGAGUUCAAGGACCAGCUUGGGGGGGGCAGCAAAUGCCCCUUGCGCACUGGCUCUGGGCAGGGGCUGCGCAGAUCUGCCCCCGAAGGUCUAUGUAGUGCAGCCCCGGCGCUCUGGGCAGCGGGGAGGGGAGACGCGGGCGGGCUGGACAGACCGAGCACGUCCGCCCGCUCUGCAAGCUUCUGCUUCAAGGCGGCGCUCAAAUCUUGCAGCUCCGUGGGGUGUGUGUGUGUGUGUGUGUGUCAUUAAAGAGUUGUUUUUUUGUC